AUUGGUGGUCCGAUCCGUUGCCAUCCGUUUCUACCCGUACCACCACGCACACCAUAGGUUAUAUAAGUGAGUACUUAGCCUCGAUCGCUACCCGUGAUUACGCUUUUCUCAGGAUUCAGUAGCCGUGUCACUGUCAGGCUAAUGUCGACCGCGAGCGAGGAACCCCCCAGCACUGAUCUCAUUACGUUGACGAGACAUGUGCUGCACGACCAGCUGCGGCUGGGUGCUGACGCGACCGGCGAUCUGACCUUGUUACUUACUGCCAUCCAAGUAACGUCAAAAUUCAUCGCAACCAACGUCCGGAAAGCGCGUCUCAUUAACCUCGUUGGCCUUGCCGGGGAGACGAACGUACAGGGAGAGGAUCAGAAGAAGCUGGACGUGCUUUCGAAUGACAUCAUGGUUAACGCGCUACGCGCGUCCGGAAAGACUGCCGUGCUCGUCUCGGAGGAGCUCGAAAAUGCUAUCAUUAUUGAGGAGCGCUACAAGGGCAAGUAUUGCGUCGUCUUCGAUCCUCUCGACGGUAGCAGCAACAUCGACGCUGGUGUGAACAUUGGUACCAUUUUUGGGAUUUACAAAAUCAAACCGGAUUCGAAAGGAUCGUUGGAGGACGUCUUGAGGCCCGGGAAAGAAAUGGUUGCUGCUGGAUACACUAUGUACGGUUCAUCUGCGAACUUGGUACUCUCGACAGGGUCGGGAGUUAAUGGGUACACCCUCGACGCCGCACUUGGGGAAUUCAUUCUCACUCAUCCUGACAUCACAAUCCCGCCACGGGGUAAGAUUUACUCGUUCAACGAGGGCAAUUCGAUGUACUUUCACCCGCCUGUGACCGCUUACUUGAACUCCAUAAAAUACCCGAAGACGGGCUCACCCUACUCGGCGCGGUACAUCGGCUCCAUGGUGGCGGACGUGCACCGGACGUUGCUGUACGGCGGUAUUUUCGGGUACCCCGAUGACAAGAAGAGUAAGUCAGGUAAACUCCGGAUGCUGUAUGAGGCGUUCCCGAUGGCAUUCUUGACUGAGCAGGCCGGAGGUCUUGCUACGACCGGAACCAAACGCAUACUCGACCUCGUUCCGAAAAGCAUCCAUGAGCGAUGCCCCGUAUUCCUUGGAAGCAGGGAUGAUGUCCUAGACUUGAUGAAGUUCUAUGCUGCACAGAACUCGACAGUUUAGCCUUGGGAUUCAGAAGCACACGAAGAAACGGAGGACGAUUACUUUCUGUAAUUAAAGGUGUAUUAAUACUUGUAGGGCAAAAAAAGUCGCUCGACUUCUCGGUAUGAAGGCAUGUAUAUAGCACUGGACGUGCC